AUGGGGCAGGGGAUUCCCCGGGUGGGCGUGGCCUUGGCCUCCUGCCCUGCACGUGGCUGGCGCCUGGCAACUGCGUGGUCGGUGGGCAGAGCGGGGCUGCCCGGGUGGGGCGGCGGUUGGAGGGAGCUCGGAGGGAACCCGCCGCCGCCGCCCGGGAUUGAGCCCCAGGAGGUGAGGAUGGAGGAGCCGAGGGAGGCCGCCGACCGAACGCCCCAGGUCCUGCCCGUUCGCCCCUCCUGCUGGGGCCGCUGCGGCCGGAGGCUCCGCCUGCUCGUCCCCGUCGGAGCCUGGACCGAGGCCCGGGAGCUCGUCAAGAUCGGCGCCCCGGUGUUUGUGGCUCAGCUUUUGGGCUUCCUGAUCAGCGUGGUGAGCUCCAUCUUCUGCGGCCACCUGGGGAAAGCCGAACUGGAUUCCGUGACCCUCGCCGUCUCGGUGAUCAAUGUGAUUGGGAUUUCAGUUGGCACCGGGCUGGCAUCGGUUUGCGACACCCUCAUGUCACAGACCUACGGGAGCCGCAACGUCAAGCGGGUGGGGACCAUCCUCCAGCGGGGCAUCCUCAUCCUGCUCCUCUUCUGCUUCCCUUGCUGGGCCGUCUUCAUCAACACGGAGCGCAUCUUGCUGCUCCUCGGGCAGGACCCCGAAGUCUCCAGGCUAACUCAGAUUUACGUCGUGAUAUUUAUUCCUGCUCUUCCGGCAGCGUUCAUCUAUCAGCUGCAGACCAGAUACCUGCAAAGCCAGGCGAUCCUCCUGCCCCAGGUGGUGACGGGAGUGGCAGCCAACAUCUUGAACGUGAUCAUGAAUGUGAUCUUCCUUUACACCUUCAAGCUGGGCGUGAUUGGGUCUGCCUGGGCCAACACGCUGUCCCAGAACACUCAAGCGCUGCUCCUCUUCUUCUACGUGUGGUGGAAAAAGAUCCACAAGGAGACCUGGGGAGGCUGGACGCUGGACUGCUUGCAGGAAUGGGGCUCCUUCAUGCGCCUGGCCAUCCCCAGCAUGCUGAUGAUGUGUAUAGAGUGGUGGACCUUCGAAAUCGGGAGCUUCCUGUCAGGCAUGAUUAGCGUGGUGGAAUUGGGAGCCCAGUCGAUCAUCUACGAGUUGGCCACCGUCGCCUACCUGCUGCCCCAGGGCAUGAGCGUGGCUGCCAGUGUCCGCGUUGGCAACGCUUUGGGAGCUGGAGAUGCAGAGCAAGCCAAAAGAUCGUGUCUCACGGUGUUACUUUGUGCAGGGGUCUUUGCUGUCGUGUUUGCUGCUCUUUUGGCCGGCGUGAAGGAUGUCGUCGCUUACAUCUUUACCAAUGACAAAGAGAUCAUAGCCCUGGUCUCCAAAGUGAUGAUAAUUUUUGCUCCUUUCCACCUUUUGGAUGCCAUAGCGGCGUCCUGUGGGGGGGUGCUAAGAGGAGCUGGGAAGCAGAAGAUGGGGGCCAUUGCCAACGCUGUCGGCUACUAUGCCAUUGGCUUGCCCAUUGGGAUUGCACUCAUGUUUGGGUACAAGCUCGGUGUCAUGGGCCUCUGGUCCGGCUUGAUCGUGUGCAUCUCUUUGCAAGCCGCCUCUUUCUUGAUCUUCGUCCUGCGCAUGGAUUGGAAGAAAGCUGCUGAAGAGGCUCAGGUCCGCGCUGGGCUGGUAGCCCGGUUCCAGACUGCCCACACUGAUGAUGACGCAGCUAACAAGACAGUGGCUUUAGCGUACCUUACACUGGAAGCAGAGGUUCCCAAUGGGGAAGCGAUAAGCGAGGCGGCUCAUGGGAGCCUAAACCAGCCGCAGCAGCAGCUCAUUGAGGCCGAAGAGCCCCCGCUAAGCGACAUUUCCCCACGCGGGGGCAUACUUUCUGGGAAAGAGCUCUUCUUCCGACGGGGGCAGGCUCUGGUGGCAGCCAUUGCGAUCCUAGUAGUUGGCGUUCUGAUCCGACUCCUGCUGAAAAACGGGUAGAUCCGGGGACGACCAGAAGCGGAGGAUCCAUGGGCCAAAAAAGGAUGGGAUGACAGAGGCGCCUGGCGUUUAAUGGGGGAGGUGUGUGAAGAGCCACGUUUUCCUUUGGAGACAAGUGGCAGCGGCCAACGCGGUCCAAAGAGCUGUCCCUCGCUGGACUGGAUUACAGCAGAAGGUUUCUUUGGCUGGCGGUGGAGAGUGGACGUCGUUCCUCGAAACACACUUUUGUCAAAAGAGUUGCCGACUUUCGGAGGGGUAACGCAGCGGGGCUGGGGGAACUCAGACGUCUGCAGCUCCGAUGUUCAAGGACUUCACCCUUCUGAUUUCCCCAAAAAUGCUCAGGCAGCUGAAAGCCCGCCGGCAGUUUCCAUUUUUUUUUUAAAAAGACUUAACCUUCUUCCUCGUAGCUCAGAUGUCUUUUAUUAUUUCCCCCUCUUUGGUUCCUUUUAUAUUUAUAUCUCCAGACGGGGCCUCGUGGUGUUUUUAAAAUACGAAACUUGUUUUGCUGAUUUCUGUGCCUACCGUUCGGAUUCCCUCAGCAGCUUUCAAGCGGCAACUGGAAUCCUAUAUUUUGUGGGCUUUAAAAAAAAAGAAAAAAAUAAAUUCCAUGUUUUGGAAUGAUUCAGGGUUUUUGCAAAUAAAAUUGUUCCAACGUAA